AUGGAUUUAUUUGGCUUUGCUGAUUUUUUACCAUAUUCGAGAUCAAUUUUAUCACCAAAAGUAGAAAAAAAAUCAUUUUAUCAUCAUCAUCAUCACCAUCAUCAUCAUCAACAUCAUCGUCAUCAUUAUCAUCACCAUCUUCAUCCUUAUCAUAAUCAUCAACAUCAUUAUUAUCUACAACAACAACAACACAAGCAAAAUCAACAGCAGCAACAACAACAACAACAACAACAGCAAUGUAAGCAAGAACAAGAACAACAAGAUCAACAACAACAGCAGUAUGAUAUUCGUCAGCCAAAAUCUCAACCAUCCUAUAUUGGCCUUAUUGCAAUGGCAAUUCUAAGUUCACGGGAGCAAAAAAUGGUACUUUCUGAGGUUUACCAAUGGAUUACCGACAAUUAUCCAUAUUUUCGAACACGUUCUGUUGGUUGGCGAAAUUCAAUCAGACAUAAUUUAAGCUUAAAUGAUUGCUUCAUUAAAGCUGGACGAUCAGCAAAUGGAAAGGGACAUUAUUGGGCAAUCCAUCCAGCAAAUUUGGAUGAUUUCAAAAGGGGCGACUUUCGAAGACGUCGAGCACAACGAAAGGUACGACGUCAUAUGGGUUUAAUGGUAAAUGAGGAUGAAUGCUCCGAUGAUAGUCCAAUUAGUACACCAAAACCAAUUAAGAAAUCAUUUACAAUCGAAUCAAUUUUACGACCAGAAUUUCCUCAGCAACCUUUGCUACCAUUUAUGCAUGCUCUUUUACCUUUGCCAUUACCGUACCACUUGUACAGUAAUUACUCUUAUGUUUAA